AUGGACGACGAUGACUUUGGUGCGGACGCAGAGUUUCUCUCUGCUCUAGCUUCCUCUGCUGCUGCAAGCACUUCUAGCCAAUCCCAAGCUAAAUCGCAACCGGCGAACCGAAUUCAACAGCCUACUCCCCAAAGAAUCCAGCAACCAAUUCCCCAGAAGAUACAACAACCGGCGCCUCAGCGGUUAGACAAGCCGCCACCUUCAUCUAAUUCUGCGGGUUCUGGUAUCGUGCAGCCGACACCGCAGGCCCUACCACAGCGCUCUUCCGGUUCCUCGAUAUUAGUAUCACCACGUCAAAAAGGAAACCCUGUACUGGCGUCCCUACGGUCCGUAGCAUGGGAAUACAGCGACAUUCCAGCCGACUAUGGGCUGGGCUUGACAACAUGUGCCCUAUUCCUAAGCCUCAAAUAUCACCGAUUGCAUCCCGAGUACAUAUACACGCGAAUUCGCAACUUACAAGGGAAAUUUAACCUUCGCAUCCUUUUGACUAUGGUCGACAUCCCGAACCACGAAGACUCAUUGCGCGAACUCUCCAAGACUUCCCUAAUCAACAAUGUUACCGUCAUCCUUUGCUGGUCCGCUGCCGAAGCGGCAAGAUACCUCGAACUAUACAAAUCAUAUGAGCAUGCGAAUUUCAGUGCAAUCAAGGGACAGCAAGCUACGAGUUACCCCGAAAAGCUCGUCGAGUUUGUUACAGUGCCUCGAGGCAUCAACAAAGCCGAUGCAAUUUCCCUCGUCAGCGCUUUUGGCAGCCUGACGAACGCGAUAAACGGCGACCCUGAACAAGUUUCCGUCAUUAGUGGUUGGGGAGAGAAAAAAGUAAAACGCUGGUGUAGUGUUGUAGAAGAACCCUUCCGAGUUCAACAUGCGGCUAAGAGACGCCUUGUUGAAGGCGCGAAUAGCGCUGCCGACAAAGCCAUUCCAUUAAGUCGAGUGCCGCUUAGGGAUAUGCCUAGUUUAUCAGCGAGCUUGUCUCGAGACAGCACGACUCCGCAACCACAGCCGCCGACCUCUACAAAACAAAAGGAAGUCCGCCGAAAUCAAGAUACCGUAAUUGCUGAUGAUUAUGACGAGGAAGCAAUGCUAGCAGCAGCCAUUGAAGAGUCGAAGAAGGAUAUGAUGCAAGAACAACCAUCUAGCUCGACUUCGAAAGUUCGCCAGGAAGAGAAGCUCAGCGACGGUAUAGCUGCGGCGUUGGCCAAGCUCAGAGACAAGGGAUAA